AUGUUUCAUGCGUUGGCGUGUGGCGCCGUGGUUUUUCCCGGUCUCUUCUUUACCUUUCGGAAAGUUCUGCCAUCCAUUUUCAAACACUGGACAGAGGCUGAUGUUGUCCUGGUUAGCGAGCGGCUUGUGUCCACCAUUCAUGCCCUCAUGGCCACCACUGUUGGAGUCAUCGUGGUGUCUUCAUGCAGAGAGAAUGUUAUAACAGACAGACACUGGCUGGCCACCCAUUUUGUGAUUUGGUACGGGUCUCCUUACAUGUCGUACGACAUCUACGCCAUGUAUCUCAGCCACUAUUACCGCUUCAGGGUGAAAGGUCACGAGGACUACAAAGGUCACUCCCUGCGGACCGUCACUUCGUUCGUCAGGCGAGAGUUUUUGCUCGUCAUGCAUCACAUCGCCCUGCUGACCAUCCUCCUGCCCAUCACGCUGUUCUUCAGGCAGGAUCAGGGUGAUUACUUCAUCGGCUGCCUCUUCCUCACAGAACUCAGCACUCCUUUUGUCUCACUGGGCAAAAUCCUCAUCCAGCUGGGUUUACAGGACUGCUUGUUGCACAAGGUGAACGGAGGCCUGGUCCUGUUGAGUUUCUUCCUCUGCCGGAUCCUUCUUUUCCCUUACAUGUACUGGGUGUACGGAUCUCACUACAGCAUCCCUCUCUACCGGGUGCCCUUCCAUUUGACUCUCUCUGCCAACCUGGGCAUCCUCUGCAUCUUGGCACCGCAGGUCUACUGGUUCGUCCUGCUCUGCCGUAAGGGCUACCGCCUCUACAAGCGCCAACGUGGCGUUAAGGUUCAGGACUCGCCCUUGCCCUCGCCCUCGGAAGCGCCCGUUGCCGACGGAGACAAGGAUGACUGA